CCUUCCCCGACUCUCUACACUCUAGCAUUGCUGUGCAAGCAGAUGUUUUGCCUCUGAAGCCGGUUCUUACCAUUUUCGCAUUUGGAAAAGGUAUUUUUUCACGUCAAGGCUGCACAAAAAGUAACAGGAAGAAAAGAAGAGAAACUGGCUCCUUUCUCGUCUGAGAAAGAGAGAGGAAAGAGAGUUGAGAGGAUAGAGGCUUAGGACGUACACGCAGAGAAAGCAGCGGCAGCGCGAGAGGCAGCGGUUUAUUUACCACACCUGUGAUGCGUUGUUCUAAGCAACGAGGACGCACGAGCGGGAUACAGAUGGCCACGGAACGGCGCGAGGAUAUGUGCUGAGGAAAAGACUUGGGCGUUGGAAGAAGAAGAAGAAGAAGAAGAAAAAAAAAAAAAAAACAGGUGUUAAGUGCAACAGAGGACACUCUCCGGACCCAGUGUGCCAGUGUUUAUUCUCCGCUCCUCGCCUUCUGAAACUUGGGUGAUAAAACAGCACCAAGAUGCCCUUACUUCUGGGCCCCUUUGUCCGCUGUAGACUCAGCGCUGCGCUCCUCGUGCUCUGGCUCGUGCUCGAUGGCUUCACCUGCACUGGUUCCGAGCACGCCGCUACUGCAACACUUCCUGCCGCCUUCUCAGACCUGUUACCUCACUUCCUGGUGGAGCCUGAGGAUGAAUUCAUUGUGAAAAACAAGCCAGUGACCUUGACCUGCCGCUCCACCCCAGCCACGCAGAUAUACUUCAAGUGCAACGGCGAGUGGGUUCACCAGGAUGACCAUUUGAUCGAGCGGACUGUCGAUCCAGCCACAGCGCUGCCAGUCAUGCAGGUGACAAUUGACAUAACAAGACAGCAGGUGGAGAAGAUCUUCGGGCUUGAUGACUACUGGUGUCAGUGUGUCGCCUGGAGCACUACAGGAACCCAGAAAAGCCAAAAAGCGUACAUCAGGAUUGCUUACCUGAGGAAGAACUUUGAGGAGGAGCCACAGGGUAAAGAGGUGGCAUUGGAUCAGGAGGUGUUACUGCGCUGUCAUCCCCCCGAGGGAGUGCCGCAAGCAGAGGUGGAGUGGCAGAGAAACGAGGAUGUGAUUGACCCAGUGAGCGACCCCAAUUUUUUCAUCACUGCUGACCACAAUCUCGUCAUCAAAAAAGCCCGGCUGGCAGACACAGGCAACUACACGUGUGUGGCAAAAAACAUCGUCGCCCGCCGCAAAAGCACCUCUGCCACGGUCCUAGUCUAUGUCAACGGCGGCUGGUCCACAUGGACCACCUGGUCGUCCUGCAGUGCUGUGUGUGGGCGUGGCUGGCAGAAGAGGAGUCGGAGCUGCACCAACCCCACGCCACUGAAUGGAGGCACAUCCUGUGAGGGGCAGAACGUCCAGAAAAGUGCCUGCGUGGCCACCUGUCCAGUGGACGGAGGCUGGAGUGAGUGGAGCAAGUGGUCGGCGUGCGGUGCAGACUGUUCGAUGUGGAGGACCAGGGAGUGCACCCAGCCUUCACCUGGCACCGGGGGCAAAGAAUGCCAAGGGCUCGACCUCCAGUCUCUCAACUGUACCAGCGAGCAGUGCCCGCAGACUGUGAGCGGAGCGGAGGACGUGGCGCUCUACGUGGGGAUGGUGGCGGUGGCUCUGUGUCUGACUCUGCUCCUCAUCGUGGUGGUCCUGGUCUAUCGGCGUAAGAAGGAGGGCCUGGAUGCCGACGUAGCGGACUCGUCCAUCCUCACCACUGGCUUCCAGCCUAUGGGCAUUAAGCCCAGCAAGCCAGGUGUGUGGGCGCCGCGGCCACGCAGGCCUCCCCCCCACAGCAAGAAUUCGCAUUUGCUUACCAUCCAGCCUGAUCUAACCACGACUACCACCAGCUACCAAGGCACUCUGCGCUCUCGCCACGACGCCACUGGGAAGUUCUCGAUGACUAAUGGGCCCCUGCUGGACCCCCUCCCCAACGGCUCACACACUCUACACAACGGCAAACUGAACCCAGACCCUGCUGAGUUUGUAAGCAGGCUGUCGACUCAGACCUACUUUAAAACGCUGCCGCGGGAUGUGGCCAACACCUCGUAUGGGACCUUCAACUUUCUGGGAGGAAGGCUGACAAUCCCCAACACAGGAAUCAGUCUGCUCAUUCCUCCCGAGGCCAUCCCCAGAGGGAAGAUCUAUGAGAUUUAUCUCACUGUUCAGAGGAAGGAAGAUUUAAGGUUACCCCUGGCCGGCUGCCAGACUCUACUUAGUCCCGUUGUGAGUUGUGGCCCUCCUGGGGUGGUCCUGAGCCGGCCUGUUAUCCUCAGCAUGGACCACUGCUCUGACGCAUGCCUCGAUAACUGGGCCAUCCGCCUCAAGAAGCAAAACUACGAGGGCGCUUGGGAGGACGUCCUGUUGAUGGGAGAGGAGCUGGUGUCGGAGCCCUAUUACUGCCAGCUCGAGGCUGAGACAUGCCGGCUGUUCUCGGAGCACCUGGGCACCUUCGCCCUGGUGGGAGAGUCCCUGCACAUGGGCGCUGCCAAGCGCCUGAGGCUGGUGCUCUUUUCCGACGCCUAUUGCUCCACGCUGGAGUACAACAUCAGGGUGUACUGCAUGGAUGACACACAGGAUGUCUUUAAGGAGGUGAUGCAGAUGGAACGGCAGCUCGGGGGUCGCCUGAUUGACGAGCCUCAUGUCCUGCUUUUCAAAGACAGCUACCACAACCUGCGCCUGUCCAUCCAUGACAUGCCCCAGGCGCACUGGAGGAGCAAGCUGCUGGCCGGCUACCAGGAGAUCCCAUUCUACCACAUCUGGAACGGUUCCCAGCGGUACCUGCACUGCACGUUCACUCUGGAGCGGCUCAGCCUCAGCACCUGUGAGCUCACCUGCCAGCUGUGUGUGUGGCAGGUGGAGGGGGAGGGGCAGAGCUUUAGUCUCGACUUUAACAUUGCCAAGGACACCCGAGCUGUGGACUCUGAGUUUCUGUUAAUGGACAGUAACACCACAGCCCUGGCGGGGCCCAGCGCCUUUCAGAUCCCAUAUCUCAUCAGACAGAAGAUCUGCAGCAGCCUGGAUGCCCCUUGUCCCAACGGAGCGGACUGGAGAAUGCUAGCACAAAGACUUAAACUUGAGAGACACAUGAGUUUCUUUGCAUCCAAAGCGAGCCCAACCUCUGUGAUUCUGGACCUGUGGGAGGCGCAGCAUUUCCACAGCGGCAACAUCAACCAGCUGGCCACCGUCAUGGCUGACAUUGGCAAACAGGAAGCCAUGAUAUUCCUGGUCUCGGAUGGCGAGUGCUAACCCAGAAAAAGGGGGGGAAGGAAAACAAAAGACUGGUGCAGAGGAAAGUACAGAACACAACAACACACACAAAAAAAACAAACAACUGGAGCAGGAAUAGAAGAGCAGAGCUGUCCACGUGUCCCUCUUGUUCAGUUUAGAGGAAAAGGGUUGAUGUAGAAACGCCCCGUCUUAAGAGAAAAAAGCAUUUUUAAAGUAACCAAAUGAUGAAAAGGGAAAGUACAAGUGUGUGGGAAUUGUAUUCAUGAAACCACCAAAACAAAAAGAAUAAAAGUAAAAACGAUCCCAUUGUGAAUCAGUCAACAGCCCUGGUUCUGCUCCCAAACAGCAGAUUAACUUCAUGCCUUUUCUCCACACAGGCCAUAAUGUCUGGCUUUAAGGAGCAAUAUGCAAACCACGCUUUGACCAAUGGCCCAUCCUGGAAAAAUUACAACAACAAAAAAAUAACAUAAACAAAAUGUGAAUUUGUGACGAAAGGUGCCAGAAAUUUCAGGUUUCAAGAGAAACAGACAACUUAUGCAACAGGCAGGUUUGAACACAUCCUCCAGGUCAUCAGGGUCUGUAAACACCCCCGCCCCCAAAACUAGUGGCACUGUAGCCACAUGUGUGUGGUGUGUUUUCCCUGUGUUCAUUCUGUUUGUGGACACACAGACGGCUUGUAGCACACCCUGGACCUGCAGCUUUUAAAUAGAUUGUAUGUCAGAGCCACAAAAACCGUCUCAUCCUGUUUGUGAGUCGUCUUCUUUUUAUUUUUAUUUUUAUAGUCCAGCCGGUAUCACUACUGUGAAUGUAACAUCUUGACAUCUUGAUUCAGCGAGACGCUUCACAGCUUUCCUGCUUCUAAAUCAAUACGAGGGGGUUUGGGCUUUUUGAACUUUUUGAGAGGAAUGAGUAAUAUCUUCACUAAAAGUCAUAUUUCAGAAGCCAUUUCUAUUUAAAGCCUGCUGAUUUCAACGUGUCUGGUUUAUUUCAGUAUAAAUCUUCGUGUAUAUUACCAGUCGUUCUUCGUGGCAUUUUUCAGCUUCAAAUUCCACAGCUAAUGAAGGAGCCAUAGGGCCGAAAGGCACCUCAGCCGCGUACGUGGACCCUGAAUGUCGUCAAAACUCAUUUCUGAAAUGCCAUUUCCCCUUGAUUACAUUAAUUCUGUAGCAGAGAGGAUGUUCAACAUAAAAAUCAUGGCCAAAGGGGUUAUUAUCCCCUGUGAAUAAUACACAGCACUGCCCACUGCUCAAGCCACAACAACUUCUUCACAGUUACUUUCAGAGGACGAUUGUACAGCUUUAACUUGUAAAGAAACGUCAGAGGCGAAGAGUAUUUCCACAUCAGAGAAACGCCAAUCUCUGAGAGACACUUAAAAGUGGCUUAUUUAUAAUGUCACGCCUCUGUUCACAAAAGACGCUUCGCUUUUUGUUGUUUAUAGUCCGGUAAUCCAGGAGAUCCACAUUAACAACCCGCAAACUGCAGAAACGCAUCGAUAUUUUUCAACUUUGCAUUCAUUUCCUCAUCCAUUUUCCACCUGAAAUCAGAUCAGCCAACGUAUUGCGUUUAUUUGCGUCCAGUAAUUAUACUUUCACAAGGUACAAGCAAUCCCAAAUUAGCCAUAGAUCUCUCUGUCUGCCUCAGGGUUGCAUGUGAAGUCUGUUCAAGUUGUAAAGAGAGCCCCCCCCCCCCGCAUCAUUAAAGGUCCCUCUUAUUUAUCUGAUCCCAGUCCAUCCUACCAGCUCCUGUGGCUCCAACCUCAAACACACACCGGAGUCUGUUUCAUGAUUGUCAGAUAUUGGGAAUGUACAUUUGUGUUUCCACGUCAUAGGAGAAAACUGUCUUUUAGAAAUAUCUUUUUUCUUUUAGUCUCUGAAGUUGCUUUUGUUCGGCAUCUCUGCACAUGUAGACAUGUUUUCAAUCCCGUUAAAACCCGCUGUUCGUGAGAUGCCGGGACAUAAAUCUUUUUAAUUGUGGAUGGAGCCCCUUUCAGAUCAAAUGGUGAUGUCACCUAAAAUGCAUCUUUUCAUGUUGAAAUGGAUCAUCGACACAUUUAAUAUGUAAAUACUUUUUCUAUACCAGCCGCGUGCUGUCACUUUACAUAAUGUAUAUCAGUGAAAUUGGUAACCAAAGUUUUCUGAGUAUCAUUUGAGGCCAUCACAUCCACCUGUUGUCUCCGUUUGGAUCGUUUCAGCACCGUUCUGAUCGCAGCUAGUGUAGAAUAAAUUCUCACUUUCUCGCUUCUGUCUUUGGCAGUUUCACAGUAUAUGUCAUGUUAUUUUCUCACUUUGUAAAGAAAUGUAAAUUAUAUUUUAAUAUGAAGCCAAAAAAAGACACUUAACUGGCGCAGCAUUUGUCAAGUCUAAACCGUGACGUGUUUGCCUAUAUACUGUUCUUUGGCGAUCUAGCAUUGAAGACUUUCUGCAGUGUUAAGGUUUAGAGACUGUUUUCCAGGAAGUUUCUACAUAUUCUGUUUGUCCUUACUCUGCAUACGUCUGCCCAAAUUAUUUGUAUAACUGUAAGCAUUUAAACCAAGGUGGAAAUAAUGACUAAUGCUUAGCCAAUCACUGCACUGGAACUGUGUGGAGGCUAAUUGGACAGAGAGGACAUGGGUUCUUGGACACUGACAGGCCAGUGUUGACACAGCAUGUUUAGAUGAGCCAUGGCAGUUGUACAGUCAGACUGUGUGUGAAAUUUUAUCACCCCCGUCAUUGUCUUGGAUGUGUUGUCUAAGCACAUUUCAGUAAUGUAAUUCACCAGCCGCCAGGAUGCUCAGCAUCCAUCUUCACAUCUAACUCGUCCAACAAAUCUACCAAUCUGCGAUUAAAGUGUGUGAUGAAUCCAGUUCCCGUCAUGAUGAAAUCUGGUCCUGACAGUUGUAAGACGCGGGUCAGUAACAACCUACAUGCUUUGUUCAAAGGUUUAUCAUUUCACCGCCGUUAUGGAAACAUCUCACUACUGUACUUUUUGUGUCAGUCAUUAAUAUUCAGUGUCAAGGACGUGUGUGUGUGCGUGCGUAUGUAUGUGAGGGACUGGGUGUGUGCCAACCUCUCUGUCACUGACUGAACUGUUUUCUUUUCCAACUAAAAACAAUAGACUUAUGUACUUGUGAAUGGUUUUUCUAUUUAGUUCCUUGAUUCAAUGUUCCUUGCCUUUCUGCAAGUCAAAAAUGCUGUAUUUAUUACAUGCCACAGCGCUUAUGCAAUUGUAUAAUCCUUUUGGGUUUCGUUUGUUUGACCGUUUUUUAACCUUUUGUGUUCCUUAUUGUCGAUGUAAAUUGUUGUCAAAACUUUUGUGGCAAUGGAAAACUUCUGCUAAGGGAGAUUUUCUGUACUUUUUGGACAAUGAUAUGGAUUUGUGGGUAGAAUUUUGGAAAUUCGUUUCUAAGUGCUUUCAAGUAUUUACUUGGCCUUAUGUAUAUAUAUAUCUAUCUAUGACAUUUCAGAAAGGUAUGUAUAGUAAUUCAACCUGAAAUUGUUGUAAAUAAAUUAUAUAUUGUUAAAU